UUGAUAGUGCUCUCAGAGACAACCGACGCUUACCUUCAUGUUAGUAUUAUCAAGCUAGCUCCGAGCUAACGAGAGCGUCAGUUAAGACGUUAAGAUGCUAACACGUCCGAUAUUAAAGUUACACACUUGUCAACAACGGUCGUGAUUUCACGAUGUAUAUAGAUUACUUUAAUUGGCGUGGUUGUUACCCUUGUUUCAUUAAUGGGAGGGCAUGUCUCUGAUCUGCAGCCUCGUCAGUCUGUAUAUUACAAUAAGCUUUCGGUCAAUUAGCCAUUAGCCUGCAGCACCAAUAAUACGUCAUAAGGUCAUACGCAAUUACGUCAUGUGUAAUAUCUCGCCGAGUGCAGUGUUGCCCAGUGGUGUCUGUGGCGACCCGAAGCUGUGUACAUCAACAACAGGGAAGAUCACACGUCAAUCAAUCCGUCGCACUGUGUUUACUGUAACUUCAGUAUGGUGGCAUGUUGGUAGCUGACGUUAUGUUAAAUCUGUCCCAGUCAAAGAAGAAAGGACUCAGUUUGGAGGAGAAGAGAACUCGCAUGAUGGAGAUUUUCUUUGAAACGAAAGAUGUGUUUCAGCUGAAGGACAUUGAGAAGAUCGCCCCGAAGACGAAGGGAAUAACUCCGAUGUCGGUGAAGGACGUUCUGCAGAGCCUGGUGGAUGACAACAUGGUGGACUGUGAGAGAGUGGGCACAUCAAACUACUACUGGGCCUUUCCCAGCAAGGCCCUGAACACUUGCAAGCACAAACUGGAGGAGCUGCAAACCCAGAUUUCUGAAGCGAAACAGCGGAAAGUCUCUGUGCAGAAAGCUGUGGAAAAAGCGACCGUGGGACGAGAAGAUACAGAGGAGAGAGGCGCUCUGCUGAAGGAGCUGCAGGCUCUGAAGGAGGAGCGAACUCGGCUGCAGGCCGAGCUGGAGAAGUACCGAGAGUGUGACCCCGAGGUCAUUGAGGACAUGAGAAAGUCAAAUGUUGUAGCAAAAGAGGCGGUUUCCCGGUGGACAGACAACGUUUUCGCCAUCAAGUCAUGGACGAAGAAGAAGUUCUCCUUUGACGACAGCCGCAUCGAUAAAGCCUUCGGGAUCCCCGAGGAUUUCGACUACAUGGACUGAAAGCUUUCUCUUUUAUCUCUUUUAUUAUUUUGUUCUACCAGAGCUCCUGGUCUCUGUAAGAUGAAUAAUCCGUGUUAAAGCUUCGGUUUGAAGCCGGCGUACCGGCUCUCGGCGGUCAUAGUUCACGUUCUCCAUGUUUCUGUCGUGGCUGCGGCAGACAAACUCCACCGGCCGAUGUGUUGCAACCAGAGAAGAGCAGCGGCGAGCAUGCGCGGCUGUGAGGGCAGAGGGGCUCCUGUGAGGAACACAACCUCCUAGACUGACUUCUGGGACACCUGUUUGCAUGAAAACUGAGAGCGCCACUUUGAUGAUGGAAAGUAAUCUACACUUGACACAUCUGUGGAGCCAACGGUCUGAUUCAAAUGGUUCGAGCAGAUGGUUUGGAAUCAAAUCGUUGGGCUUUUUUUUUUUUUUUUCCUGGGAGGAAAAAGGAGAAAUGUCUUUUGAGCCACAACAACCGCGGAUGUGUUUUAAAGAUACGUUACGCGUACAAAUGUUGUAAAUAUUCCAAGUGCGUUUUCUUUUUGCUGAACCUCCUUUUUACGUUGCCCCGAAUAAAAUCUCCAUUUCGAUUUGCACGAGCCGCUUUCUGCCGUUCAUUCUAAAACUUAGUGUGCAGUUUACAAACGUACAAACACGCGGCCUCCUUUCUUUUGUGUUCGCAAGUCUUUAGAAAUUUUCACCGAAACGUGAUGAAAUCUGUCACAAAAGCACAUUCCUUUUACGGCUGUGAACAAAAAAAGGAACCAGUUGUCAUGACAUGUCAAGUAAUGACUAUCGCUCUGCUUAUUUUCCUCCCUUUUCUUUCUCUGCCAGACCAGCGGGAAAAAAAACGGGUUUUGGGGUGUUGUGUGCAGAGUGUUUACUCAAUGACCUAGUUGA